AUGGGGUUUAUGCGUAGUGCGCGGCAGUUUCUUUCGGGGACCAGGGAGGAUCGCAAGUCGAAACCCCCUUGCCUCCUUUCGAUGCGUUCUUCGACGACUUUGAUCGUGCUAACUGUAAAUCUGGCCAUCUUCACCGAUACCUUCUUCUAUGCCCUAAUUAUCCCCGUCAUCCCCUUCUCGCUCACCAUCCAGGUGGGCAUCCCCGCGGACCAAGUCCAGCACUGGACGUCGGUUCUGCUGGCCUGCUACAGCGUGGCCUUGUUCGUCGGCAGUCCCAUUGCCGGGCUCUACGCCGACCACACGUCGUCCAGACGGUGGCCCUUGCUCCUCGGAUUAGUAUCGCUGGCAACCUCAACUCUGCUCCUAUGUUUCGGCAACUCCAUCGGCCUGCUCGUGGUAGGCAGAGUUCUGCAGGGCUUGAGUGCCUCCAUAGUCUGGAGCGUGGGCUGUGCUUUGCUAGUCGACACCAUGGAGAACAAUGUCGGUGUCGCUUUGGGCUACGUCGGCUUAUCCAUAAGUGCUGGGUUUCUCAUAGCCCCUUUGAUAGGCGGUUCCGUCUACAGUGCAGCGGGAUAUUAUGCUGUCUAUUACAUUGCCUUUGGUGUUGUUGCGGUAGACAUCCUGUUGCGACUCUUUAUGAUCGAGAAGAAGAUUGCGAGACAAUGGCUUGAUGAUGACCUCGGUGCUACCCUCCCUGGAAUAAAUGCUAAUGGGCCUGAUGUGGAGGCAAUGGCUUUAUCCGUACCUGCCACCUCAGAGCCAGCUUCGGAGGGACGCACCCAACCUCCACGAGGCGGGAACGAAGAAGAGAAGAGGACUGAAACACUGGGUGACAGUAGACAGGACCAAGUAGCACCAGCAGAAUCUACUAGCAUCGGCCAUUCAAUCAAGGUGCUUCUCAAGUCUCCUAGAUUGCAUGCAGCUCUCUACGGCCUGUUCACCCAGGCCGGCCUCAUGAUGGGAUUCGACGCCACGCUACCACUAUUCCUACAAUCCACCUUCCAAUGGAACUCCACAGCCGCCGGCCUCUUCUUCCUCACCAUCUGCUUGCCGGGCUUCAUCUCCCCCCUCGUCGGCUGGCUCUCCGACCGGCACGGGCCCAAGUGGCCCUCCUUCUUCGGCUUCUGCCUCGCCGUCCCCUUGCUCGCGUGUCUGCGCUUCGUCACCUUGAGCACCAUCGCGCAUAAGGUGCUCCUCGGCUUCCUGCUCGCGCUCCUCGGCGUGUCGCUGGCCUUCGCCAACGUCCCCCUCAUGGCCGACAUCACGUACGUGAUCGAGGAGAAGCAGGCCGAGGAGCCGGGCGUCUUUGGCGAGAAGGGCGUCUACGGGCUGGGCUACGGGCUCUACACGAUGGCGUUUGCCCUGGGGGGAGUCAUUGGCCCGCUGUGGGCUGGGUACGUGGCCGAUGCGGCGGGUUGGGGCACGAUGACUUGGAGUUUCGCGGUCUGGGCUGCGUCGGGCGCGGUGGUUACGCUUGUAUGGCUAGGCGGAAGUAUUAGGGGUAAAAAGACCACGAUCACAGGUCCUGAUGAGGAGACAGCUAUUAGAUAAUGGAGUCGGGUGCGCGAAUGUAGACGCGUCGCUGUUAAGGAUAUAUUAAUCUACUCCCGUCAAAGAAAUUUGGAACGUAGUGAACAUAUUAGACGAAACAUAAUACUGUUACCAAGCGGGUGCAUAUAAUAGGUACCCAGUAGUCUCAUUGUGCCUACUAACCCAGGC